UCUUUCGCGAAUCACCCAUGAUCAUCACUAAGCUUCAGUUGCUUUGAGGAUAACAUUGCAGUAGUUUGAAGUGUUACACGACUGUGUCAGUAUAUACACUCACGCAUUUAAAUAAGACCGAAAGGUAGGACAUAUCUAACGUUGAAGAACAAUGGAGGAAUCAAAUGUUGAUAUAGAGGUGACAGUCAAAACCUUGGAUUCCCAGAGCAGAAGUUAUACUGUUGGUAGCCAGUUGACUGUCAAAGACUUCAAGGAGCACAUUGCACCUUCAGUGGGAAUUCCUGUGGAUAAACAGAGGCUGAUCUACCAGGGUAGAGUUCUACAAGAUGAGAGGACACUUACAGAGUACAAUGUGGGUGAUAAAGUGAUCCACCUGGUUGAACGGGCCCCCCCUCCACCCUCCCAGCCAGGCUCAGGGGGCAGCUCAGGAUCAACUGACGCUGGUCUGUCAUCCCCCAACUCCUCCACCUCCCAGGGAUCCUCCCAAGUGCCUCCACACGACCGCAAUGCCAACAGUUAUGUCAUGCUGGGAACCUUCAACCUCCCGGUGAACCUAAUGGAUCCUCAACAGAUACAGAUGUCGGUCCAGCAGAUGAUUCCAGGCCUGGGUGAAAAUGCUAGGAAUGCUAGAGUCACAACCAGCACUGGGAACAAUGGAUCUAUGAAUGUACACAUCGAUAUGGACCAAUCCGUGCAGAGUGAGCCCAGACUAAGGCUUUUAUUGGCAGAAAAUCUCCUGAGGGACACUAAUGUGCUGAUCCAAAGAAUGGAGGGACAGGCAAGUGACAACUCAUCUCAACCGGCGUCAGCUGCUGAUUCUGCUGCUGCUCCACCGCCCUCCUCUUCCACCUCUACUCCCUCUCCCUCAACCCAGCCCAUGGACACCUCCCCUCUUCCAUCUGACCCCCCUCCAUCUUCCUCUUCGACUCAAACUGAGGGACCGCUGCCCCCAACUGGUCCAAAUCACCCCAGCCCAGUAGAGCUUGUGGAGAUCUUGUCGGAGCUUAGGAGGGUGGAGGAGAGGUUACAGCCGUUCAUCCAGAGAGCCCAUUCCAUCUUCGAGACUGCCACAACCACAGAAUAUGCCAACACUGAGAGAGAAGAGGACCAGCGCAUUCUGAACCUCGUGGGGGAGUCCCUGCGCCUCCUGGGAAAUGCCCUGGUUGCUUUGAGUGACCUUCGCUGCAACCUCCUCAGCCCUACCCCCCGGCACCUGCACGUAGUUCGGUCCAUGUCCCAUUACACCUCUCCAGUCAUACUUCCAGGGGCUAUGAACCACCAACACAUCCCACUACAUAUGAACUUGGGAGCCACAGUAACCAUGGCAGCCAAUGGAAGGCCAGCCAGCGAGGGACAGGCUCAACCCACCAGCCAGUCGGAACAGGCAGGUCAGGGACAGACCUUCCCCUCACAGCCUCCCCUGUAUAAUCAGCAGGCAGGCCAGGGUCAGCCUGGCCCACGGGUCAUCAGGAUCAGCCACCAGGCAGUACCGGUGGUCAUGAUGCAGAUGAACGCGGACGACGGUGGCAGUAACCCUCAGGCAGCAGGACUGCAGAACCCAGCUGGUAUGGGACAGGCUGGUGCCCUCCCCCCAGACUUCAUGCGUUCCAUCAUGCAGCAGAUGGGCCAGUAUGCUGCUGCUAUGGCAACCGCUGGUGCCGUGCCAACUGCCCAGCCCACCCCUUCUGGUUCCGGCUCUACCGCCACCUCUUCUGCCACCCCCUCUGGCCCCAACACCCAUACCACAACCCCCACCGCUCCACCUCCUCCACCCCCCAACGCCUCACAGGCCAGGGUGGUCUUUACACGUCCAGCUUUUGCUCCAGGCAUGAUGGCAGCGCCCGCGUUCACCACCAGGGGGCCUACUGCUAACGUUGGCACAAAUUUAAGAGCGCCCAUGCCAGGCCAGCAGCCAGGACAACCCUUCCCUCCUGCUGCCCUCAAUCAAAUGAUUAGUGGGAUGGUGGGACAGCUUCUCAUGCCAAGCCAGACAGCUGGACAGACUGCCACCUCCUCUUCUUCACACACCUUCAGCUCUUCUUCCUUCUCUCCUUCUGGCCCCAUGCCCAAUACAACCCCACCUCCUGGUACUGCUGCUGCCCCAGGUCAGCCAGAAACCACCCCUACCCAGCCCCAAGGUAUCCCUCCUGACCUGGGCCAGCUGCUGAGCUCUCUCCUGAGUGGAGUGGGCGGCAGUGCUGAGGCCAUGGGUACUGGGGGUGCCCCCUCCAUCACUGUGACCAUGCCUGGGGUGCCUGCCUUCAUCCAAGGAGUGUCUGACUUCAUGCAGCAGGCCUCCCAGCCAGGUUUCCAAGGCCCUUCCCCUACCUUCCCUGCAACACCCACAGCCCCUCCUGCUGGAGGCACUUCUCAGGGCCCCGCCCCCCAGGGCCCCGCCCCCAACCCUCCCUCAGGGAAUGGGACUAGCGGCCUGGCUGGGGAGAACCUUAAUCCGGAGCUGUUCACUGGCAUUGUUCAGGGGGUCCUUUCCACUAUGAUGGGUUCCCUCGGCCAGGCCCAGAGCGGCACAGAAAGCAUUGCCCAGUUCAUGCAGAGACUCUCCCAUACUACCAACAUCUUUAUUAGCCCAGACGAGCCCAAUGGUUUCUUCGGGGAGCUGCUGACCUUGGUAUGUCAGACCUUCUCCAUGUCUGACCUGGUGCUUCUGCUCCACGGCCAGCACCAGCCUUUGAGUCGUAUCCGGCCCCAGCUGUCCCAGUUCUUCACCCAGAACUACCUCAAUGGCAGAGAGCCCACCGACCAGAACAUAACUGCUGCUGCUGAAGACCUUGUCAAUGAACUUGAGGAGACUAUCACGGAAAGCUUUUCCUCAGUGGCGGUGUUGGAAGGUGUUGAUGUCACGCAGAGCAACAUGUCCUUCUUCCGGCAGCAGCUCUCUCGCAUCGCCACACACAUACUCCGCUGCACAGACCAGUCGUUUGGGCCUCAUCUGCUACAGAUGUGUAACCAGGGUUUGUUUGAGUGUCUGGCACUCAACCUGUACUGUCUGAGGGGAGAGCAGAGCGCUCUAACUACGGUCAUCAACCACCGCAUAAGGAGGAUGUCCGCUGACAUGAGUCCCAGCCUGGUGAACUGGAUGACUAGUAUGAUGACCAUGAGGCUUCAGGUUAUUCUGGAGCAUAUGCCUAUCACAGAGGACCAGAUCCUGCACUAUGUGGUCCACACUCCGAGGGAGGAGCCGACUGCAUGUGGAACACAUGAGCCUGAACAAGACAAGAACAUUAAAAUGGAGGACACCCUCUCCCCAGUCCCCGCCACCACAGCUGAGGAAGCCAUGUCAUCAUCGUGGGAUACAAGGGCGUCGGCAAGAGAAAGCGGACCAACCGAGGGUUCUGUCCCGUUGCGUAGCACCAUGGCGGCAGAGGCAGUUGAUGAGGAGCCUGUUCGAGAUUCUGAGGCCUGGGCAGUGACUGUUCCUCCUGAGUGGGUGCCCAUCAUCAGACAUGACCUGAUCACCCAGAGGAAGAUGAAGACCCAACCGCCCAUGUCAGACGCCUAUUUGCAUGGAAUGCCAGCCAAACGCAGAAAGACGGGACAAGGGGAUGGGGCCCUCCUCUCCCUCUCUGAUGCUGUCAGUCGGGCAGCGAAGACGGCAGGAGUCAAACCAGUCACUCCUUCAGACACGCUCCAGGAGGAGCUGGAGAGCGAGGAGCUCCAGGAAGCCUAUGCAGAACAGGUGAAGGCUGACAUUAAGAAGCGCGUGAGGGAAGACCCUGACUUCACCCAUCAACAGUUCCCCAACGCACACAGAGCCUUCUCAUCAGAUUCCUAAUUUUACCUUAAUGGUUUAUUGGAACCAACAAUUAUCAACCUAUGUACAUGCUGCCAUCUGUUUUUGAGUCUGUAUCUCAAUGUCUUGCAGUUUCAUGUCUACCAAAUUAUCCUCAUAACUUUUUAGGAAUAAAGAGUAACAUCUUGUUUGACUAAAUCCCUCCAACCUUCUAUCAUUAUCGCCGCCCCCCUCACCCACAUUUAUAUUUAUUGUUUUGCUUUGUUCUGUUAUUUUCCCUUUCCCUUAAAAAAGUGUCCAUAUUUGAGCAGACAUUAUACACCCACAAAUACGUUUUGCCUCAAUCUUUUGUUUUCAGUGUUUUUUGCUGUUCUCUUGUGAUCUAAAUGUUUUAUUUAAAGAGUUUACUUUGAUGGGGUGAAACUGCUGUUUAGUAGAUAUGUUGUGUGCUUAAUAAAGCACUAAUUACACAUGUGUACUGGAGUACUUUGUGAGAUAUAGAGCAAAGAGGCUGAUAAUGUAGUAGCCCAACCAUCAGGACAUUACAGUGAUUUGCUGUUAACAUUUUAAGAUACGACAUGAGAAUGAAAGCUGGUCUGUGUGAUGUCAAUGUUCAGUUUCAGCAGAGCGUAGGCUUUUGUGAAACUGUUCUAGAUUGAUUUACUGAUGCCAAAAUCAAUGUAAUCAAGAAUGGUGUUGCAAUGUUUUUGAUUAAAUAUUUAAUACUCUAUUACUAACACUUAAAGUAACUUCUGAACAAACAAUCUAAUAUUUCAAGCUAUCUUGUAAAAUAUAACUUCACCUUUUCAGUAAAUUAAAUAAUUAUUUCCAGAUGGUAGUUGAAAGGAGGAAGAGAUUUUUGUUUUGAUGCAUUCCUUACCUGUCAUGUUAAUCUCCACUUUGUCUAGCUCCCCCACAACCAUCACCGCUUAGAGCUGGUUAUGUAGAGUUUGUCCUCUAAUACAUCAUGGCAAAUUCAGAAUUUAAACAUUUUGCUUCAACACAUUUUUUUUUUCUGUAUACGUUAUCACAUCUAAAGCGUACCCUCAUCAAAGAAUAAGCCCAUUGACACUGAUCACACAUCUUGAAGUCAGUGUAUACAGUAGCCAUACUCUAGUACAUGUUGAAAACAAGAUCCCUUGUGUAAAAUUCUCAACUUUAUAACUGCUAGCUUUAUAAUAAAAAUAACAUGUUCUUAUCUACAUAAGGUGUUUCUUUAGGUUCUAAACAAGAACAUGUUAAGACAAAAAGAUUACAUAAAAAAUGUGUCAUUAUUCUUGCAUGAUCACAAGUUCUCCGAUAGACAUUCUUUAAUGGUUCAUUGAUUCUGUGGCAAAAAGGGGCUUGAUGAACAAGUUUGGCAGAAUUAUGCUGAGGGAGAACAGUUCCUGGUCAGAAUCCGGUUUGAAUUGCAGGAACAUGGGCAUGGCUUGUGUAUCAACUGACACUGCACUGUGUCAUAUUACACUUCAGAAAGGAACACUUGAUUGCACAAUGACUGUGCAUUGUAGGCAUCUACACUGCCUCAACUUUGACAGAUUUGCAGAAUCUCCAUAAUUGGGAUAUUUAAAAUUACACAUCCUGUAAUCUGAAACAAAGCACUGUCUAGUGUGUGCCCAGACAGUAUAAGGUUCGGAAACACACUUCACAACUAACCAGGAAAUACGGUUCUGUCUUUCUGUUUGCAUAUGGUGUGCCAAGUUGGUGUGUCAAUACCACUCAAUGUUAGUCAAAUUAAAAUGUCAAGAGUUUGCUUUUUCAAGGAAAACACCAAGAUGACAUCAUAAGGCUAAUUUAUAAUGAAUCUUGAUCACUGACAUUAUUAAUACAUAGACAUUACAUUUACAAUGACAAGAACAUUUCAAUAUAAUGAAUAAAUACCUCAACAGUGCAAUGUUGGGUUGGGAGUAGGAAAAGUUACAGAAAAGCCCCGGGGUGUGAUCGAGGAUCCUUCAGAUUCCUAUAUCUGUGGGUUAGACAUAACCCCAAGACCU